AUGCGUCAGAAAAUGUCUACAUUUAAGUCGUCACGCCCCGCAGUUCUCGAGCUUGGUGCGAGAUAUAGACAUCUAGACAAGGAGAUCAAGGCAAAUCAUUCCGGCGAACAGAUAGAAAAAGCAGAUGAAUUACUCUUCGCGGAAAUGUGCGAGAUUUGUCUCUGGGGAAAUGCAACUGAUCUAUCCCUUCUCACAUCACUCACACACGAAGAUAUACAGAAGCUCCAAGGUGCGAAAGCGCGCAAAGCAGCUGAAGAGAAUAUCAUAGUCAAUGAUCUUCCCGCGGCCUUUGCUGUCUUGAAUAACGCCCGGAAGACCAAAAAGAACCAAGAGCGCCGCGUGGACAUCGUUCUCGACAACGCCGGCUUUGAACUAUUCGUUGACCUGAUUCUCGCUGGAUAUCUUCUCCUUUCUGAUCUUGCCACGACGGUGAUCCUUCAUCCCAAGUCUAUCCCUUGGUUUGUUUCCGAUGUGGUACCCAAGGACUUCGGAGAUCUAGUUUCCGUCCUCGCCGACCCUCAAGCCUUCUUCACAGCUCCAGAAGACAAGCACGAUCCGAAGAGCAACGAUAAACCUGCCCCGCCGCUCACAGAAAACGAAGUUGCUGAGCUACAGUUUUUAUUUAGCCAAUGGAGCCAAUUCCAUGCGGACGGGAAGUUGAUCAUCCGGCCGAAUCGGUUCUGGACUACAGCAGGAAGUUACUGGCGAAUCCCAAGCGAAGAGCCAGAUUUGUGCAAUGACCUGAAAGAGAGUGAACUAGUUUUAUUUAAAGGAGAUUUGAAUUAUAGAAAGUUGACCGGAGAUGCCCACUGGGACCCAACAACGCCAUUCUCUAAUGCAAUCGGCCCUCUGGGACCCGGAUCAGGAAUCCGCACUCUUGCCCUUCGCACCUGUAAGGCUGAUGUGGUGGUUGGACUUCCUGAAGGCGAAGAUGAGCGCAUCCGUCAGACUCCAGGGGGCGGAGCAGAUUCAGGGGCUCGGAAAUGGGCAUGGGGGGGGAAAUGGGCCGUUGUGCAGUUUUGCGACGGAAAGGCUUGA